AUGGAGAGCGAAAACUCCACCACGAUACCACCAUCGCAAUCGCCUCACUUACCUAGCACCAAUUCUCACGAUGAAAUAGCGAGCCGGGAAAUCCCCAGAAGUCUAGCCGAUGCCGAUGCCGUCCCAGAAACUUCUGACGAUGAUGACGAUCUAGACUCCGUCUUCAACGAUUACGAUGAUUUUGAUGAUGGCCUCGGCCCAGAUGGGGAACCAGACAUAACGCGAAACUUCAACCGACAACAACCCCUGCAUUCUAAUCAGCAGAAACCUGCUGCUAACACCGCCGCUAGCGUAGAUGAUCAGAUCACGGCUCUCUCAAGACAUGCUGCUAAGAUACGACUAGACGAUGUCAAGGAGGGACAAGACAGGGAGAAGGAUAAGGCCGAUAGGGCUACGAGCGAACAGGUCCUUGAUCAGAGAACCCGUAUGAUUCUUUACCAGAUGAUCAAUCGCGGCGUAGUCAACGAGAUACAUGGCGCAAUUAGUACGGGCAAGGAGGCUAACGUAUAUGGUGCUAUCGCCUAUCCUGAUAUCAACGGACCGCCCGUCCAGCGCGCUGUCAAGGUCUAUAAGACAGCCAUAUUAAGCUUCAAAGACCGCGAGAGAUAUAUUACUGGCGAGCACCGCUUUAAAUCCGGCUCAAACAAGGGCAACAGUAGAAAGAUGGUCCAGCUAUGGGCAGAAAAGGAAUAUCGUAACUUGCAGAGAAUACACUCCGCCGCCAUUCCUUGCCCUGAACCUCUACAGCUCAAGCUCCACGUCCUCUUGAUGAGCUUCCUCGGAGAUAAGAAAGGAUACGCGUACCCGCGAUUGCGCGACGCCAACAUCUCUCGCGAUGAUGAGGAUCAACUCUGGAGAAAACUCUACGUUCAACUCUUAAGUAUCAUGCGACGCAUGUACCAGGUUACGCGGCUAGUACACGCAGAUCUGAGUGAAUAUAAUAUUCUUUACAAUGACGGACAACUCUACAUCAUCGAUGUAUCUCAAAGCGUGGAGCACGAUCAUCCUCGGUCACUAGAGUUUCUUCGAAUGGAUAUCAAGAAUACAGGCGACUUCUUCCGCAGACAAGGAGUCGACACGCUACCCGAUCGUACUGUCUUCGACUUCAUCACGGAGUCCAAGGGCACGGUGGAAGAGCCAAGACUAUCAGAAGUGAUAGAGGAACUAUACGCUUCGAGGUCGCAACCCGCUGACGACGAGGCGGCAGCAGCCGAGCUGGAGGUCGACAAUGAGGUCUUCCGAAAUCAAUAUAUCCCCCAGACACUAGAACAGGUCUACGACAUCGAGAAGGACGCACAAAAGAUCGGGGAGGGUGAAGGGGACAAGCUCGUCUACAGAAAUCUCCUCGCGGACCAGGUAGUAACGAAGUCGAGAGAAGCAAACCAGAACUCAGAAGACGAUUCGGAUGAAGGAGCAGCUCUCGAUAGUGACGAAGACGACGACGAUGAAGACGACGAGAGUAGAUUCGAGAAAGGGACACCGCGGGGGAAACGGUUUGAAGAUAAGGAUGAGAAGAAGCAACGCAAGCAAGCGGCUAAGGAGGCCAAGGCCGAGAAGCGGAAAGAAAAGAUGCCGAAGCAUCUCAAGAAACGCCUAGUUGCUGCAACGUCAAGAAAAAACAAGUAG